AUGAGCUUUGCCCAAAAGCUGGUGCCCGCAGCGGCACUGAUUGGUCUUUCAAGCGCGUCCUUUCUCACGGCCUACAUUUACUCCUUCUCAGUCCUGACAAUUCCAGUCGUGGAGACAGGCGCCACGAAAGACUCAGCUACCUUUACUGCAAAGCAAUGGAGCAAAGCGUUCAACCUCGGAAAGUCAUUUGCACCACCUUUUGCCAUCACCUGCGCAGCAUGCUUUGGAUUUCUAGCGUUCCAGAGCCGCUAUCCAAUAUCUCCUUCAGUCCUAUACGCAACAGCAGCAGUCAUCGCACCCUCCAUCGUCCCCUACACAAUCGCAGUCAUGGGCCCUACAACUCUCACACCUCUCGAAGCUAGAGCCACGGGAGCUUCUGGUGCACCUGGUGACCAGGAAACACUCGAUUUGAUCAAGAAGUGGAGUGGGCAGAAUACUGUGCGAGCUGGAAUGGUUGGCACUGCGGCUGUCAUGAGUGCUUUGGCCAUUCUUGCCCAGGUAGCGUAG